AUGUCGAACGAUUCCCUCUUUGGCAUUGAUGUCCCCACUCCGGAUCUGCAGUGGCUCCUUGCCCACUACAAUGGGUUUGUGCGGUGCAACUCCAGCGCAGGCUCCAACGCACAGGAGGACUCGGCUGAUGCUCUCGGCUCCUCGGCCGGAUCGGCCCUAUCGCAAAACGUGAACCAGCUCUCGGCUCGCUCCCACCCCACGAGCGCAGUCAGCAUCACGUUCAUUGCCAUCGCCGUGGUCGGCUUCGUGGCCGCCGCUAUCUUCACGAUCGUCUACGUGCGGAAGCGUCGCUCCGAAAUGAACCUCGUGGUCCUCGAGGAAGCCAAGGUCGUCGACCCGUCGGACCAAGAAGCCCUCUUCCUCGAGUGCGCGACGGCGGAUCGCGUCCCCAUGGCCCAGAAGAUUGAUUUUUAA